CAUUAACAGAACUUGGUCAGCAGGCUUGGCGAGACUAGUCCAAUACCUGAAAUAGUUAACUUGGGACAUGACUCAUUGAUCAUUCUGUCUGGCCCAAUUGAUUGGUCCCUUUGACUUGGUCAGUUGAAUACAAUUAGUUGUACUACACAUGCAGAUUUAUAUCAUAUCCAAACAUAAUCACAACCUAUAGUACAAAUAUUUGAACAUUUAAAUAGCAUGCAUUUGACAUGUAUUGAUGUCCAGAGCUUGGCCAUGAGAUGGUUGGCAGUAUUGGUAACAUGUCCUACUGUGUCUGUGUGGUGUCCUGCUGUCAACAAUUGUGUGGUAAAACUAGCCCCAGGCCAUUGUCCAGUCGCUUGGUGGAUCGAUCCUCGCAUUUUAUGAGUCCUGCUUGCAACAGAUUGGAGAGACAUUCACUGUAGCUAUGCUCAGAGAUGGGUUGCCUAUCUCUUCAAUCGGUGGAAACAAARGUUUAAUUCUACCAAAUAAUCCGUUCUUUCUGAAGCAAGUGGAACACAACCUAGUUGAAAUGUAAGUUAAUUCUAACUCUUAAAUCCUUUGAGAUGUUUUAUUUUAUUUUGCCUUAUUGGAUCAAUCAAUUUAGUAAAAAGCAAUUGUUUUGCAAUCAUGAAAAAUAUACACAGUAAACCUUUAUGAAAUAAUUGCUUAUACUGUAAGAUAUUUAUGUUAUACUAUGGCCCAGUGGAAGUUUGUUAAAUCGUUAUUUAUUUUUUUACAGCAUAAGGAUAUGUGAAACAGAAGAUGGGGGAUUGGAACUUGUUGGGGAGUAUCUUAGAAGAGGUACAUAUUCAUUCAACCAUUGUGGGAAAAAUCUGGCUAACCAUCCUUUUCAUAUUCCGGAUGCUCGUACUUGGUGUGGCAGCAGAGGAUGUUUGGGACGAUGAGCAGAGUGAGUUUGUGUGCAACACGGACCAGCCUGGGUGUAAGAAUGUGUGCUACGACGAUGCAUUCCCCAUUUCUCUUAUCCGAUACUGGGUGUUACAAAUCAUUUUCGUGUCCUCUCCCUCUCUGGUGUACAUGGGACAUGCACUGUACCGUUUAAGGGCCCUUGAAAAAGAGAGACACAAAAAAAAAGCUUUCCUGAAAGCAGAGCUAGAGGGCGCUGAGCCCAUUCAUGAAGACAGACAGAGAAUGAUAGAGAGGGAGCUGAGGAAGCUGGAGGAACAGAAGAGAGUAAGGAAAGCUCCACUCAGGGGCUCCUUGCUUCGCACAUAUGUUUUCCAUAUCUUGACGAGGUCGGUGGUGGAGGUUGGCUUCAUAGUCGGACAAUAUGUACUCUAUGGCAUUGGGCUGGAUCCUUUGUACAAAUGUGAGAGAUUGCCUUGCCCAAACAGUGUGGAUUGCUUUGUGUCCAGACCAACUGAGAAGAACAUUUUCAUGAUCUUCAUGCUCGUCAUCGCUGGGGUUUCUUUGUUCUUGAAUCUCCUCGAGAUAUUCCACCUGGGAGUGAAGAAAGUCAAACAAAGUCUGUAUGGAAAUAAAGGUGCAGAUGAUGACAGCAUAGUAUACAGGUCCAAGAAAAACUCCAUGGUCCAGCAGGUGUGUGUCCUUACAAACUCAUCUCCCCAAAAGAUGAUGCAGUUCACUCAGACAGCUUGCACAAUGGAUGCUGUCCCCUUGUACAUGCCUUCAGUAGCUCCUCACAACGAUGGUGGUGGCACCAACGGCUCAGAGCAGUACCCUAGACAGCUGGGGGCCGUGGAGCGCUGCUACACCCUGGACCAGAGGGACCACUCAUGCAGCAGUGAUGACUCCAACGGGCCUAAAGGCUCAGGCCAAACUAGGCACGACGGAGCACAGCCACCACCUUCACUCAUGGCCAGCCAUAUGGAGAUACCAGCAGCCCUGCAGAACCAGCUGCGCAAACAGAGCCGGGUCAGCGCUCUGCAGGACUACAGUGACAUGAGUGAUUCACCUGACAGUGACCACUAUCCCACGGCGAGGAAGGCUAGUUUCAUGUCCCGGGGACUCUCUCAGACCAACCUGGCCAGUCCUCCUGAUAGCCCUAACUCCGGGAGUGGGGCGGACACAGAGGCCAAGCGUAUCGCCCAAGGAGAGAGCCCACCUAUGACCCCGCCUCCAGCCAGUGGACGAAGAAUGUCAAUGAGCAUGAUUCUGGAACUGUCUUCAAUCAUGAAAAAGUGAGAACUGGCUGAGGGACCAGAAGGAUCUGGGUGGGGACCCUGAUCGCAAAGCGACACUUCCUUCUAAUUGCCUAAUUGUAUUCAUAAUAACAUAUGUAUAGAGCUCGCAAGUUUGUAAUCCUAAAAACUGGAAAAUUAGUUACCACUGUUUCGUUCAGCCAUUCCUAUGGGGGAAAUGAAUAGGGAAAGAAUGGGGCUUUAGGAUGAACACCYAAAAUAAGGUKUUCGUAGCUCUUCUACYUUUUUGUUCUAUGAGAUAAUAUCAGUCAGUUAACAUGACCUUUUUGAAUUAUGAACCCUUUAUGUGCUUGUUUUGAUU